AAAAAAAUUGAGGGGUACGGUGGGUGAAUAAUUGAUGGUAGCCACCGCCUCGUUGCCCAAAGAGAACGACCAGCCCAUCACGCCGCCGGGUUCGCAGGCGGAAGACGCGAGGAGCGGCGCCGGCGGCGAUCGAUCUACAGACCAAGGUCUCCGGCGACAGGCCGCGACGAGUGCGAGAUGUCGGGGCAGAUGUUCACCCUCGCGGCCGCCGCCGACGUCCGGUACGGCGUGAGCAUGCGGCGUGAGUUUGGAAGUCAUUUGGAGAACAUAGCCCCCGAGACCGAGUUUGUCAAAAUCAUAGCUCGUGGUGGCCUCGUGUUUGAUUUUAAAGUUAUUAGGGACGACUACGAGCCAUUUCUUUCGUCCGGCGGAUGGGAGGAGUUUGUGGAUGCAACUAACAUACAAGAAGGUGACUCCGUUCUGUUUGUGUACCGUGGGAACUUCUGCCUUAAGGCUCACAUAUUCAAUCCAAGCGGUCACGAGAAAUCUUUUUUCUUUUGUCAACGACCUACUGAGAUAUUUGGAGAUGUUCCUUCGAGCACUCUUUGUGAUCAAUGUGUGAUGAAUGGACACGAAGCUCACAAGGCGAAUGACCGGCCAUCUAUGAAUCUUGAAGACGGUUCGCCACCUCUGUCCAAUCAUGUUGGGGGGCCUUCCCAGCAUACCUAUAUUUUGGCCCGGGGGGCAACUCUGUAUACGCAAAUGAAGAAAAGAGUUGAGGAGAAAGUACAAGCAAUUGGAUCUGAAAUUCCUAUCUAUGUCAAAAAGAUGACUGAAAUCUCUAUUAUUGGCAGCAAGGGCAAGGGUAGAGGAGGCCGAACAUAUGUUGUGACCUUCUGCCGCGAAUUUGCUUCGGCAUGGCUCCCCACCCAGAAAACAAAAAUUUACCUUCAGGUAGUGGGCAAAACGAAGCCAUGGCGUACCAAGUUCGAUGUUGGACGACGUGGUGACAGAAUGAGUUGGAUUCACAACGGGUGGGAGGAAUUUGUUUGGGACAAUGGCCUGAAGGUAGGGGAUGUGUGUCUCUUUGAAGCAAAAAAGAAGAAUGGCCAGAUGUUGAUUGUCCAUAUGAUUCGGUCGGAAAUAGAGGUGUAGCUCAGGCAUUUAGAUUUGUGAUUUCUUAUUUAUGUAUGGUAUGAUGUAGUAUGAUUUAGACCUCUGAUACCACCUGCCAUGAGAGAGCUGACUGUUGAACAACUUUACCCACUCCAUUCAAAUGACUUGUAGUAGCUGUUAAACGACUUUGUAGCAUGCAUGUAAUGUAAUUUGUGGAAAGGCUGGACCAUA